CAGCUGUUGCUUCCUAUUCUUCCAUCACUGUGCGUGAGAGAACCAUGGAAGAAAUGCCACCUUCUUCCUCAACAAUCGACCACCACCCGCCACCUAGACCACCAAAUCCCACUACCAUUCGAACCCCCUCACCUUCCUCUUCAACCUCUUGUCAUCACCAGGCCAUGGAGUUGACGAAAACAGCCCCAAUCAGUACCCAAAACCACGCUACCAAUCACCAUUUUCGCCAUAUUUCCACUGCCGUCAGCCACCGUUUCGAUUGCAGACCACCACCACUCCCCUCCUCUCAACCAAGCGCAUCCAGUACCACCAUGGGUCACUUGCAAUUUUGUCCAGAAUCGAGAGAGCUUGUGAAAGCAGUCCGAAUUAACAAUUGGUUGGUUCAUAUCGAGGUUUAUUGAAAAACUACAGCAAGACAUUCCCGGUGAAUUGGUUAAGAAACAGUUAGAGGGGCUAUGUGUUGUCUAUUACUUAAUCACCUUUACAAGCACUAGGGUGAUUUCAUUGCUACAAGCUACAUAGCUCAAAAGCAAGCUUGCUAAUGAUCAGCUCAGAGCCUUGUAUUCUUUUACUAUAUUUUUUUUGAAUCAAGCAAUUUCUUUAUUUACUCUUUUACUGGAUGCCUGUAAAUUGAAAAUUACCUAGUUUGGAUUUGGAUGAACUAUAAAUUUUGUUAUAUUUGUGUUUUGGUAAAAUAUUUUGAUUCAAUAUUACAUUGAUUGACA